AUGACUCAAGAUGUUGCAUUUGCAGGAAAACAUGUUAUAAUUACCCCGCUCUACAGCUCAAAAAUAACGAUAGAAAGAGCUAUGAAUGAUGCAUAUGAAGAAAAUUAUAGUUUUAGAUUGUACUUCAAAGAUACUCUAAGUAUUGAGAUAAGGAAUGUGAUUUUCGAUUGAAAAAAUACUGCUCCCACUUGCAAUGAUGAUGCUUAUUGUGAUUAUUGCCCUUAUGUAGUUUAUGAUUCAAAAGAUAAUACUCCCUAUAACGACAGAGGAGAUAUCUUAAGUGAUUUUUUAUCAUCUGAAUGAUGUGAGUAUGAUAAAAAUCUGAUUUUUAUAGAAAUCAAAUCAAGCAAUUUAUUGCUAAAAAAUGUCAGUUUUAUUAACUUUAGGACAGGCUUUAACUCCCUAUUCAUGAUAAGAAAUGAUACAAAUGUAACAUUUUAUGAUGUUACUUUUGAGAAUAUUAAGGUUAGUGACGAUUAUGAAUCCUGGGUUAUCCGAUGAAAUGGAAAUGGCUAUGGGAAUUUUAAGUUUGAAAAUGGAGUGGUAAGCAGACUUAACAAUGGAUAUGAACUAUAUGAUCCUAUUAAUACUAAAGGAUUCUUGAAUGCUACUGGAAUUAAUGCAGUAGUUUUUAGAAAUGUUGAGUUUCGAGAUAAUGUUGUAUUUAAGCAGUCUGUAGCCGGACUAAAUGUUGCCUCAUUGAUAUAUUUGAAUUUAUUUCAAGCUCUUUGAAUUGAGACUUGCACAUUUUUGCAUAAUUUAUGUGAUUUUGCAAUAAUUAAUAUUCAGCAGCAGUCUAGCAACUUUCCAGUAGAAAUUGACGAUGAUGGGAUUAUUCUUUACUCGAAACUCAACAAUAUUUAUAUUUUUAACUCCAUUUUUGAAUCAAAUUAUGGAAGAAUUGGUGGAGUGCUCCAUGCUUUAUAUGAGUAUGAAAGUCAGAAUUUUCUGAUUGAGAACUCAUCAUUUACUUUAAAUGGGGUAGAAAGAGGCUCUUUAAUACACAUUGAGAGUGAUUAUAUAAAUAAUGAUUACUUAGUCGAUAGUACAUUGAGUGUAAUAUCGCCUGAUGGAAAUACUGUAAUAGGGAAAUAUUUAGCUAAGUGAGGGAGAUUUCAAAAUUCAAAUUUUACAAGAAAUUACUCAGGAGGAGCUGGAAUAAUUGAAACAAUAAGAAUGAUUAACAUUAAAUGAGAGAAAUUGAAUAUAGACUCAAAUGGUUUACUUUUAUCUGAAGCUAUGAACAUAAACUCAAUUUUUAUGAAAUUAUAUAUAGAAAAUCCUUUGGUUUAUGCUAAAUUCAAUAUAACUAAUCCUACUGAUCUAAAUUGCAAAUCUCUAUCAAUAGUAUCAGACUCAGUCAAUUUCAAUAUAGAAGCAUCAAGUAUAGAAAAAAAUUACUGUAUGCACUCCUCUCCUAGUAUUAUUAUUUCAAACGCACUUAGUAUAUUAAAAUCAGUUUAUUUCGACGAUAAUAAAGGAACAGGAAGUAAUGGUAUUUGUUUAGCAUUUCUUGAAGAUGCACAUUCUGAAAUUCUAGAUUCUGAAUUUAAUUCUAAUAUAAACUAUCAAUCUGGUAGUCCCGGAGGUAUAAGUAGCCUAUCGAGCGUACUUAUACAAAACUGCUCAUUUUUUAACAACAUAGGCACACUUUUGUUUAAAGGCAAAAAUCUUAGUAUAAUGAAAUCUAGAGCUAAUUCUGUUUAAUUUUAAACAAAUUGCGUUUUUAAAACAAAAAUUUUGCAAAUUAAAUUAAUAUUUGCUUCCCAAAUUUUUGCAAAUUAGGAUUUUUUUUAAAUUUCGAAAAAAAAAUAUUUUUUAUAAAAUUUAUAUAUAAAUUUUUUUUUAAAAAAAAAAAUUAACCCCCCUCCGUGAGUGAACAAAAUUUUUUUGUUCGCUCACGGAGGGGGGGGGGGGAGUUAGUAAUUUUUUUUAACUAUAAAAAAUUAAAUUGAUUAUUUGCAAUAUUUACGUAAUAAAUUAAAAAAAAAAAAAUCCAUAUGUGAGUGAAGGGGAGUUAGUAUUUUUUUCCUCUAAUUUUGAUUCCAAUAGCUCACCCAGGUCAAAUGGGGGUGCUAUUUCUGUUUCAUCAUCAAUAGAUAGCAUAGAAUCCUCUACAUUUUUUAUUUCAAAUGCAACUUUCACAAAUAAUUCCUGCUCUUUUAGCGGAGGAGCAAUUUAUAUAGAAAAAGUAAGUCCAUUAGAUUCGCCGUUGAAACUGCAAAUAUAUAGCACUAAUUUUUUGAAUAAUCAAGCUUUAGAUGGCUCUUGUAUUUAUAUAGAUAACAGCUUAGGGCUUUAUUCUAAUUCUUCAGUUAGUGAUUGCUCUUUUCAAGAAAAUAUAGCAAGCUUCUCAGGCACUAUUUUGGCUUAUUAUCUCUAUGGAAUCCUGGUUUUUGAUAACUGCGAAUUUGUUAAAAAUAAAGCAAUUUAUAGCUCCGGACUUAAUAUAGCUAUAGGGGAAAAUACUGAUAUAAAAAACUCAAAAAUAAUUCUAAAUUCUUGUACUUUUCGGUAUAAUUCUGGACAUACAACAGUUUUUAUGGAUAAUUCCAAUAUAAACUCUACCUUAGAAGUUUAUGAGUCUUUAUUUGAAUAUAAUUACGGCUCAACAUUUUUACUUGACAAUGACUAUGCAGUUGUAAAGGACUCCAAGGUUCAGCACAAUUUUUCUCCUAGCUCUGGUGGGGCAUUAAAUCUUAAGAACUCAGCAAUAUUUGAAUCAAAAAGUACGAUUUAUUUAAACUGCAGUAGCAGCGUUAAUGGCGGAGUUGCUUCUAUUAGUUUAAACUCUAAAUUUAUCUGUUUUUCAUGUGUUUUUAGCACAAACAAUGCUGAUUCUUCAGGAGGUGCUAUAUAUGCUGACUCAGAUGCUGAAUUUUACAUUUCAGAUUCCAUCAUUAAUAAAAAUUCAUGUAAAAAUAAAGGAUCAGCCAUAUUUAUGGCUAGCUCAUCAGCUGGUUCAACAAUAUACAAUACUGAAAUUUCAGAAAACUACGCAUAUAAUGACGGAGCUAUAUUUAUAUUAUCAUCAUAUAUUUAUAUGCUUUCAUCAAAAAUUUACAAAAAUACUGCCUAUGGAAAAAAUCCAGGCUUAUAUAUUGAUGACUCAAGUGCUAUGAUUUCUAAUACAUCGUUUUUUGACCAAAGUGGAAACCAAGGGUGUUUUAUUUAUAUGAGCACGAGCUAUGCUAAUAUAAUUAACUCAGCCUUUUAUGAAGGUUUUUCUAAUAGUUCUGGUAUUGCAAUACAUGCGACAUCUAGCAGUAUCGAAAUUUCUUCUUCAGGAUUUUCUAAUCUUUUUUCUAAUGAUACUGGAGGAUCAAUUUACUUGUAUGGAGGCAAUAUUCUUUCUAUCAAAGACUCAGAGUUCUUGAACUCGAGCUCAUCAAUAGACUCGUAUUCAAGCUCUGUUUUUAUAGAAAAUACAUUAUUUAAGAAUCAUACAAAUACAGCUAUAUAUUUAAGCCAAAUUGAGGAACUAAAAAUAUCAGGCUCGAAAUUUAUUAAUGGUUUUGGAAUUAAUGGUGGGGCUGUAUAUUGCACACAAUGCAAUAUUAUUUUAGUCGUGGAGUCUUUAUUUAAUAGCAAUUUAGGGAUAGAUGGAGGAGCAAUUUAUGUUGAAAAUGAAGCUGAUCAUUCAGAAAUAUCUCAAAUCACUAUUAAUUCUUCUAAUUUUCAGCAUAAUUCAGCUAGUAAUGGAGGUGCAAUUUGAGCAAAUAACAUUAAUUUGCAAAUUUUAUUAUACUUCGAGAGCAGGCAUGGCUCAACUUUGACUCCUCUCUCGCCUCUCCUUGCUUUGAGACAUAUUUAUUUUUAAUGAAACAAGUAAAAGAAAAAGAAAAGUCAAAUUAUAAAAAUUUGGCAUGUCAAAUUGAUUUUGUCAUCUCAUCCAUACUAAAAUCAUCAGAGAUGGGGAGGAGAGGAGAGGGAAGUCUAUAUCGGAAGAUAAAUGUGCUUGUGCUAUAUCAGUUUUCAACGGAAACAAAGUUGAAACAUUGCUUCAAUAUAGCCUACAAGACAUAGAAGAUGGGAUUGGAGGAGCAAUAAAGAUAGGCUGCAAAGAAUCAAACUCUGUCUGCCACUUUAAUAUUUCAUCAAGCACUUUUAAUAAUAAUAGUGCAAGCUAUAAAGGUGGAGCAAUAAGUUGGGAUGAUUCGAAGCCAUUUUUUUACAAUAAUUACUUUGAAAAUAAUUCAGCACAGUAUGGACCAGAUAUCUCUUCUUUUCCAACAAUGAUGAUUUUUCUAACUCUCUUUGCAGAUUUAUCUUGAUAAUUAUUUAUAAAAAUUUAAUUUUUAAAAGUAUUGUGCGUUGUAAAUAUUUGAAUACCAGUAAACGCGUCUUAAAGGUCGAAAUCAGUCUGCUAUUCGCUAAAUAGCACACUUGUUGGUGUUCAAAUAUUUAGAAUGCACAAUAUUAAUUUGCAUUUCCCGAGAUUAAACAAUGAAACAAGAAACCUUCAAAGCAAAACUAUAUCAAAUAAUGGAAGCAUUAUAACAAUUAACAAUGUUGCAUCAGGCCAAACAAAUAACCCUUUAUUAGCUUUUGCUCUGGUUGAUGAUCUUUAUCAAAUAAUUACUACAGAUACUUCAAGUCAAGCACAGAUUCAAGCAAUAACUGCUGAUACAGUUAUAUCAGGCUCUACACUUACUUAUGCAAAAAAUGGGAUUUAUUAUUUUGAUGACUAUAUAAUUUCAGCAAAGCCAGGCUCUUCAACUUAUAUUAAUAUAGUUUCUUCAGCAAUUGAUACACAAAAAAUAGGCACAUCGAGUGAAAUUCUUGAAAUGUCAUCAAAUUUCUCUAUAGGAGUUAAUUUGCGCUUAUGUGAAAUGGGGGAAGCUACAGUUGGACUUAUUUGUGAAAUUUGUCCUAAGCACUACUAUAAUAUUGAUGCUAGUAAUUCUAAGUGUUUAGAAUGCCCAUCGAAUGCAAUUUGCUAUGGAAAUUUUUCAAUAGUCCCCAAAUCAGGCUACUGAAGGGAUAAUAUUUUGACAGAUAAAUUUUGGAAAUGCCCGCAUCCACCAGCGUGUUUGGGCUCCCCUAGUGCUUCUAAUUUAUCUUUAACUGGAAUUUGUGAUAAAGGCUAUGAAAAUAAUAUGUGCCAUUCGUGCGAAUAUGGUUAUUCACGAUUAUAUAGAAAUGAAUGUCAAAUUUGCCCUGACUAUGCUACUAAUAUUUUUAGAUGGAUAGGGAUUUCUUUAUUUUUAGUAUUUAUCACAAUUGUUAUCUUUAAAACAACAAGAAAUUCCUGAUUCGAGCCGAAACAUUUCUCUUCAAUUUACAUAAAAAUAUUUUGAAAUUAUUCACAGAUAAUCAUCAUUAUAGCAACUUAUAAUUUAAAUUGGCCACAAGAAGUAACAGAAUUUUUUUAUGCCCAGACAUCUUUAGAUUAUAUUAGUCGGCAGCUGUUUUCAUUUGAUUGUUUCUUACAAUUAUCAAAUUCAAAAAGCAAUAUUUAUUAUAUAAAAAUUUUGAUAACUAGUAUAACUCCAUUUGCUGUAGGUUUGCUCUGUCUGGGAUUUUGAGUUAUAAUAUAUAUCAUAAAAAAGAAAAGCAUAAAAGAAGUUAAAGAUGAGUUUAUAUCUACUUCAAUCAUUUUGCUAUUUUUAAUACAGCCAAGUAUAAUUGAUACCAUUUUAAAUGCUUUUAGCUGUAAAGAAAUUAAUUCUGGAGAAUAUUGGCUUAAUGUAGAUUUAGGAAUUAGAUGUUGGGAUCAUAAUCAUCUUUUUUAUACUCUUUUAGUGGCUUUACCUACAAUAUCUAUAUGAGUUUUUAUAGUACCUUUGCUUUGCCUUAUAAAUUUGAUAAAAAAUAAAAAUCACUUAGGAGAAACAUGGAUGAAAAAGAGAUAUGGAUUUUUUUGCAUUGGUUAUAAGCUAAAAUAUUAUUAUUGGGAAUUCGUUAUUUUAUUUUAUAAAGUCAUUUUAAUUGGUAUUUCCGUAUUUCUAUCAAAUAUUUCAGCAAAUAUUCAAGCCCUAACAGCAGUUCUUUUCUUUGCACUAUUUCUCCAUAUUCACUAUAGGAAUGAACCAUUCAAUGAAACAUUUUUUAAUAAAGCAGAAACUUUAUCAAGAUUAGUCUUAUUAAUAACAAUUCUGGGUGGCCUUUGUUUUUUAACUAGUGAUUGGGGUACUGCGAUUACAUAUUUUUUACUUGUCCUUUUAAUAUUUCUCAAUUCACUAUUUAUCGCAUACAUUUUAGCUAAGUUUUUUUUGCAAUUUGAAAUAUUUGGCCUUAUAAUGAUGAGGAUAUGGAGAUUUUUCUAUUCUAGAGGGAAAAAAUAUAUAGUUGGGGUUGACUCUGCUGAUGAAAGCGAGCUAGAUCAGUGCCAAUCUCAAAAAGAUAGCGGAAAAAUAGGAAACGCUUCGACAAUUUCAGAUAACACAAAAAUUGGAAUAGUUUUCAAGGAAGAUUUAAGAAAUUCAAUAGAAUUAGACCCUUUUUGCUCAAUGGAAAGCAUCUAUACCUCAAAAUAA